GCGCGUCGCCUUGCGCAGUGAAAGCCUAACGGUAGCUGCGGUGUUGGGUGCUGCUCUGCUUAUGCAAUUCUAGCCAUGGCGAGUCGGCGACUGCCAGCCACCUGCGGGAGCCCUCGGUCCUUCUGACACGCCGUUCCCUUCGAGUGAUUCUUCUCGCUGGCGCCGGGAGACGCAAUUUCGAGAGCGACAAGGUUGGAGAGCAACACCGCCUCCUAACCAAUGCAACUAUGCGCUUCGUCUUCUUUACAGCGCUCCUGUUAGCCUUCUGUCCAAAUCAUGGAAAAGUCCGAUCAGCUGUCGUGCCAGGGUACCUGGACUUCGACAACUUGCCGGACACGAACUUCUCGUGCGACGGAAAGGUGAUCGGCGGCUACUACGCCGAUGUGGAGACGGGAUGCCAGAUGUUCCACGUGUGCACCAUCGGCCAAAAAGGAGAAAUAACCGACAUAAAGUUCCUGUGCCUCAACGGCACCGUAUUUGACCAGGAGACGAGGGUCUGCGAACGUGUAGACGAAGUGGACUGCAGCAAGACCGAGGGAUUCUACGACCUCAACCUCGAGCUGUACGGAAACAAUGCUGCUCUCAGCUACCACGAGACGGAGGAGGAUCCGGUGACGAUCCCCACGGUGAGCAGCACGCCCUCCACGACGACGACGACGACGACGACGACGACGACGGCGCCGACGACGGCGGCGCAGCUGUCGCUGGGGCUGGGACUGGGGCGCACGCCCGCCUCCACACACUACUCGUCGACGCCGUCGCCGUCGGUGGCUGCGGCGCUACUCAGCGUGCACUCCGCCCUCAGCAGGGACCGACAUCCCCACCCACACCUCACCGUCCAGGGCGGAGGAAGCAGCGGCGUGCUGAACCCGGCGGACGCCUUCCAGUCGCUGAAGACGUCGGUGGAGCCGCAGCAGUUCGUGUUCUCGUCGACGACGGCCAAGUACUCGAGCCCGGCGGGCCUGUCGGUGUCGGUGCACACGACGAGCGCCCCGCCGGUUGGCGAGCCCCCGCAGCUGCACGUGGUGCACUACCAGCCCGCCCACCACAUCUUCACCACGCCCUCCGUGGCCAUCGUGUCCUCCACCAGGAGCGUGUCCAGCGUCAAGGGCGUCGUCGGCAAGCUGGCGCCCACCGUCGUUGCCGAAGGACACUCUCGGGUGCCUAUCAAUAAUUUCGCCUUCGGCAUCAACACGGGGCUGAACCCGCCGCAGUUCUCCGGAGACAACGCUACUGCCCCGGGCCGGCAGUUGCCGGAACUGGCGGCGCACGACCCGUACGGCGAGUACCACGAAGCGGACGACGAGUCCCUCGACUCGUUCUUCAGGGACGUUCCGCGCAUCGCGAAGCAACCGAAACAGGUGCAGAGGCAGAAACGCGCCACCGGCAGAGGGGGCAGAGGUCGCUUCAGGCCGUCGCUGGACGCUCUGAAGGAAGAAUCCGGAGAGGAGGGACCCAGCCCCGAGGGUUCGGAGGUGUUCCCGCAGGAGGCGGCUGCUCCCCGAGCGGACGUCUACUUCCAGAAGAGGCCCAAAGCGCGCGGCCGACCCGACGAGCGCCGCAGGAGGCCCCAGGAAGACGCACUGCCCACUGCGGAGGCCUUCUUCAGGAGCACCAGGAUCGGCCAGCUGCAACAGGCGGCGACGCUCGCGCCGACGCCAAGAGCUUACACCGGGCCUCUCGUUGCGGAACAGCCGAACGAAGUUCAGACGACUACACUAGCGACAGAGACGACGAUCAAACCCCGCGCGGCCCCGCAGCAGCUACCGUACGGCCGGGGGAACGAAGUAGACGGGAGUGUCGGUGGACGGCGAACUGCGGCGGGCAGCCGCGGCUACCCCGCCAGCCGUAGGCCCAGCCCCAGCCCCAGUCCCGGCCCCAGCCCCUCCCCCAGGGCGCCGGCGUGCAGGCGCGGGGCCGCGUGCGCCGAACAGCGCUCUCCCUACCAGGCGGUGCUCGCCGAGGUCUCCCGCAGGCGGCCGGCCGCGGCCAGGCAGCCGGAAGCGCUCGCGCCACAGACGUCGCCCGCUCCCGAGCCGGCGGCGGCGGCGACAGCCACGGCGAGGAGCGAGCUCCAGACGACGGUGGACGCGGACGUGAGCACGGCGCCGCCAGAGAGCUACGACUCGGCCAGUCCGUACAGUGCGGACUCUCGCAGGCCGUCGGGCAGAGGCCAAGCUCCGCUGGAGACCUACGACUCGGCCGGCCUGUACGGUGCGGACUCUCGCAGGCCGUCGGGCAGAGUCCAAUCGCAGCCAGAGAGCUACGACUCGGCCAGCUCGUACACUGUGGACUCUCGCAGGCCGUCGGGCAGAGUCCAAUCGCAGCCAGACAGCUCCGACUCGGCCGGCGCGUACGGUGCGGACUCUCGCAGGCCGUCGGGCAGAGGUCAGUCGCAGCCAGACAGCUCCGACUCGGCCGGCGCGUACGGUGCUGACUCUCGCAGGCCGUCGGGCAGAGGCCAAUCGCAGCCAGAGAGCUACGACUCGGCCAGCUCGUACAGUGCGGACUCUCGCAGGCCGUCGGGCAGAGGUCAGUCGCAGCCAGACAGUUCCGACUCGGCCGGCGCGUACGGUGCGGGCUCUCGCAGGCCGUCGGGCAGAGGCCGAGCGCAGCCGGAGAGCUACGACUCGGCCAGCCCGUACAGCGGAGACUCUCGCAGACCUGCCGGCAGAGUCCAGCAGCCGACGCCCGCCAACAGGCAGAGGUCGAGCAGCCGGUCGCAGCAGGUCGAGCCGGCACAGAGGCGCGCUUCCUCGCGUCGUCCGUCUUACGACUCCGGGACAUCUUACGAGUCGGAGACGUCUUACGAGCAGGCGACUACCGUGCAGCAGCCGCAGCCGCCGACAGCACUGCCCGAGACGAGCUUCAGCUGCGCAGACAAGGUUCCCGGAGGCUACUACGCGGACAUCGAGGCCGACUGUCAGCUGUUCCACAUCUGCUCGCAGGGCAGGCACGGCAAGAUCACUGAUAACAAGUUUAUGUGUGGUCCCGGCACGAGGUUCAACCAGCAGAGUCGUACUUGUCAAGCACGUGAAUUUGUGGACUGCAGCAUUUCCACGUCAUUAUACCACCUCAACAACCAUUUCCAGCCCGUGCAACAAGAAGAUAUGAAUGAUGAACCUGGAUUUGAGCCCCUUAAAGUACGCCGUUCAAAGAGACAAGCCAAAGGUGCUGCAAGAAGUCCAGACUAUAUGGUAGAUAGCUUGCCAGAAACUUCAUUUACUUGUGAAGACAAGCCCUCAGAAGGCCUUUAUGCAGAUGUGGAAACACAAUGCCAGGGAUUUCAUCUCUGUCAGAAGGUGAAAGGCGUCAUGACCCUAGUAUCCACAUUUGUAUGCCCACACAAAACAGUUUUCAAUCAGCGUGAGGGAAACUGUGACAACUGGGCAGAUGUUGAUUGCAGACUUUACUCACAACCUGAGCACAGCUUUGUCAGGAAACAAAAUAGGAAGCACACACAUAACAAAAGGGAUACAAGCCAAAUAUUGAAACCACUAGAUUUAUUCACUUAUUCCAGUGGUGUGUCUGACAAUUUAAAGCAAAAUAUUUCAUCAAAAAUUCCCAGUUUUAGUUCCAGAAGUAAGAAUAAUGCAACAAGUACACCAAUAGCUGCAGGUUCCCUAUACAAAUACAGUAAGCCAUUAAAAACGUCAAGCAGUGAGAAUAAGUUCGAGCAAAGUAACAGAAGAAAAUGGAUGAAAAUGAACCUGAAACUAGAUUUUCCACCAACCACACCUUCAUCUCACAAACGAAUAAAACAUGAAGUUACUGAUGAAAGCAAUGAAACUGAGGAAGAAUAUUAUGACUAUAUAGAUGACAGUUAUGAAGCUGACCUUGUACCUCCUGAACAGGAAAAUUCAAAUUUGACAGCAUACAAUGACUCCAGUAAGUUUGAAGCUGAUUACAGUACACAUUUACAUUCUAAUAAUGAAAGUAUUGACACAGUAACAACACAUUUGGCCCAUACUUCUUCAGAUGAGCUUCUAAUAGCAGAUAGCAAUAAAAGUGAUACAGAUUCCAAGGGAACCAUAACUACCUUGCCUUCCGUUAGCAGGCCCAGUAAUAAUCAAGAAAAUGUGAAAGUUUGUGCAGAAAAUGAUACGUGUGACUAUAAAGAUGAGUUGGAACACAUAACAAGCAAGGAGGGAACAGUUGCCCGUUCUAAUCAUACUCACAAUACAGAAACCUCACUACAUUCAGCAGAAGAGCAAUUAGCCCAUUUCCACAGUAAAAAUAAUAAAACAUUAGCACCCUAUAAUGACGAAUAUGAAUAUUAUGAUUACUACAUAGAAGACAUUGAAGACGAAUCAGAUGAAAUAAUUAAUUACCCUAUGGAACAAACAACAGCUUCUGGUCUGGCUCAUGAUAGUGAAUCUUCCCCUGACGUUAAUAUUUCCAUUCCACACUCACUUACAUCUACUGAAAAAUCAAACUCCUCUACAACUGAAUUGACAGUAUCUUAUACAAAGGUACCUAGCACAGGUACAAAUGCAAGUGAUGCUGAGGAUAAAUAUAACUUACCAGCAGUAGAAACUGAAGAGGACCUUGAAAUUACCCAAAAUAAACACUUGGAAAGCAGUUCCCAGAAAGCCGCAAGUGAACAUGAUGGUGAGAAUAACAAACAUAAGAAAUCUGAGAGUAUCCCUGUGACUGAAAGUCCAGAAAUAUCUCUAGAGGAACCUAUUUCACUUGUGGAUGAGAAGUAUGAUUAUUAUGAUUCUGAUUCAAAUGAUGAUGAUGCUCAGCUUAAUGUGACGUACAAGGAAGUUUUGAAUACGAAUUUUGGUUCCACUGAAAGGUCACAAAAAGAUAUAAGUGAUGCAAAGAAAGAAAAUGUCAUGCAUCAGCAUAGCACAGAAACCAUUAAUGAAACAAGCUCUUAUGAAGAUGUAAAAGAUGUUACAGAAACUCAGGUUCCAGAUAUUGAACAUCUUAAACUUCCUGAAGUUACAAAUUUUCACGAAGAGAGGACAGACCAUUCCACCACCCUACCAUCACUACUGGAUCAUGGUCACAAAAUGGAUACGGACUUGUUUUCUGGACCAAAUGUCUUACUAGAAAAUGGAUUGCCUCUGGUUCUUAACACAACUCUGGAUGAUCAAAACACUGGAAAUUUAGUUUCAGAAAAUGUUGCACAAUUUAAUUCAAGUAGUCUUCCACAAUAUACUGAAAAACACAUAAAAGAAUCUGAUGAAAAUAAUAACCAGUUUCAAAAUCCAUUACAAAAUGAUGGUAAGGAAGCUAAAAUAAACAGUUCAUCUGAAAAUACAACGCUUCGUACUACAACUUCACAAGGUACUUCUACUCUUCAAAUUCCUAACCUUUUUCACCCACCCAAGCCACACCUAGCCUAUCAUGGAAGACACUCAACUCCGCUGCUUCCCCCAGUAGUCAUUCGAUCAAAAGAUGGUGCUAAUCAUAAAUCUAGAGUUAGGAACAACAGGCAUAAAACGAAGAAAACCCAAAAUGAUGAGAUACGUACAACAACUGAGACUUUCAUAAAAAGUGAAAAUGACCCUAUUAUAUCAGUAUCUGAUAAUUACUUUUCAACAGAUAAGGAACUUAUCCCAAAUAAAGAUGAGAUAACAUCAACAGACUCAACAAACAACACAGGAAAUAUGUUAAGAAUUUUAGGUACAGUGAAUGAAUUCAAAGUGGAACAAAAGACAGAACCAAUUUUUCAGCAAGAUACUUUCACACAUCCUGAAGAAUCCAUAACAGUGGUGCCAUCUACAGAAAUUGCUCUUGGGCAGGCUGUAUUAGAAAACGACUUCAGAGUAAAGACUGAUGGCUUACAUAGCUGCAAAGGAAAUGCUGGCUGUUUACAUGGGCAAAGUCAGUAUACAACCUUGUCUCCUGUCACUUACAAGUUUCAUAAUAAACAUACUGAUCACUUAUCACAUGUAUCUCAAACUGCUGGAUUUCUAUCUGAACACACUGAGAAGAACCUACAACAGCCAAACUCCCUUGAACAAAGUACUUUCCAAAAAUUUAAAGGUAGUGAAGGGAAAACAAAGUCAGAUGAACAAGUAUUAGGGACUGACAUUCCACCAACAUCAUCAGGAAAUACUGUGGAUUAUGUAACAAUAACACCCAAGGUACAGUCAUUGAAAGAUGCAUCUGAAACAGUUACUACUGAAUCUCUGUUUCCCACAUACACACUAUCUGCUAUUAAUGCCCAAACUAAUCAAAAAUCAAAUCAUGACAGUUCAAGGUUUGUGUGCUCCAGUAAAGAACUUUAUCGCUACUAUCCAGACCCAUUAGACUGUCGUAUCUUCCACUAUUGUUCUCAUGGUUUCCAUAACCAACAAGUACUAGAUUUCAGGUUCAUGUGUGAAAAUGGUACAGCCUUCAGUACAGACACUCAAAAAUGUGAAAAUGAAGAGGAAGUACAAAGCUGUUCCAUGACUAAAAAAUAAUGUGGCCAUUUACAACUUACAGUCCUGUUGAAAUACAAAAUAAACAAUGAAACAGAAGCUGAUUAUUAUAAUUGGCUUAUUGUUGUGCUGAUCUGAACUGUGUUCACAGCUACAAUGGACAUUAAUUCAAAGUUGAAUUAGUGUUGCUUUGAUGACUGAAGUAAUAUAUUCUUCUAAACUUAUAUUGUACAUUAUAAGUAAUAGAGUUAAACCUUUUCUGGAAAACAGCGUAGGAUAUUUCAUGACAGCAGCAACAAUACCUUGUAUAUUGUGCUGAAAUGAAUUUAUCAAGUAACUUCAUUAUUGAAGUUUGUCUAUGUGCUUUUCCGUAAAGGUUUUACUGUGUUACUAAUCAUUAAGCUUUUGUUUAUAUUUGUAGUAAAUACUCAUUAAAUACUGUGAAAAUGUGAAUAGUGUUUCUUGCAAAUGUCUGAAAAAUUCUAAUGGAUUUUUAUAGGCCCUGACAGUUAUGUAAAUGUUUGAAAUUUAAAUGAAACAGGUUUUGUUUCCUAAUGCUGUAUUUAAAAGAAAAUUUAAUUUCAUUAUAAAAUUGUGUAUUAUAUGUUGAAAGAUUUUCUCUUUGUUA